GCCUACAAUGGCGCCUGUGGGGCCGGCGGCAAGGCGGCGUCCACUCGGAGGUUUGGGGGCGCGAGGCGAAGGGGUUGCUUCGGUCGGAUUCAGGAAGGAGAAUGUGAGACGGAGAACCUGGCGGCCUAGCCAUCUGCAGGCCUUCGCGGGGAGCGUUCGCGAAGGACAAGGCUUUGCAUUUCGAAGAAAACUGAAGAUUCAGCAAAAUUACAAGAAAUUGCAGUGGAAGGAAAAGAAGGCUCAAGCAUCACAGGAAUCCAAGUUCACAGAUCAAUACCCAGACCAUCUGAAACAUCUCUAUUUAGCUGAAGAAGAAAGACUCAGGAAACAACAUAGAAAAGUUGGCCAGCCUUUGUCAAAAAAACAGGUUGACCAUUCUUUGCCCGAAGAACAGUGUAGCACUGAUCAGACUUUGUCUGAAGACCAGUGUAGUAUUGUUCACCAGUCUCAGUCUGAAGGACAAUGUAUAAAAACAGUAAAUUCCAUGACUAUUCCAAAGAAAAAUAAAAAGAAAACAUCAAAUCAAAAAGCACAAGAAGAAUAUGAACAAAUACGAGCUAAGCGUGCUGCUAAGAAACAAGAAUUUGAGAGGCGGAAGCAAGAGAGAGAAGAAGCUCAAAGGCUCUACAAAAAGAAAAAAAUGGAAGUUUUCAAAAUAUUGAGCAAAAAGACUAAAAAAGGCCAACCAAACUUGAAUUUACAAAUGGAAUAUCUUCUUCAAAAAAUACAAGAGAAAAGUUAAAUACUCCAUUUUGUUGUUAAGGGUUAAAAUAUCUGCUGCCUGUUAGGUUCUUUUUACAUGUAAUGAGUGCCUUCUAACAAUGAACUCAAAUUUGUGGACAUUACCUGGAUUGCCACACUGCAAAUGUUUUUGUUCUUAUAAAAGUUUUUAUAUACAUGGUAUGUAAUAUGACUGGCUUACUUAUUUACUUCUGAAGGGAGGUUGUCUUAAAGAACCAAAAGAACCUUCUAUUUAGCUUCUAAUUAAGUCAAACAGGUAAUACUUUUGUACCAUAUAAGUUUUGUGUGAAAUAAAAUGUUUUGAAAGUAAGGAAGCCAAGCUUUCAAUGACAUGGGGUGUUUCACUUUAGUCCUCAAAGUACAUGGCUUUUUAAAUUUAUUUUAAUGAUGAGGG